AGUGGGGAAGAGGAAGCCCGGCGCGUGGUGCCCGUGGUCAAAGGGGACUAGAGGCAGCGGGAGGUGCCUAAGGGGGCAUGUGUCUCCCUGCGUCCCCGCUGCAGCCCCGGUGCACGAGCCGCCAGGCCGCCCGGGCGUCGCCCCAGCGGCCGUAGUCAGGGCGGAGGCCGGGCGGGAGCAGCAUGGCAGCGCCGAGCACGGGCCCGAGGGAGCUGCUGGCCCUCAUUCACCAGCAUCUGCUGCGCGCUGGCUACGCCAAGGCAGCGCGGGAGCUGCAGCUGCAGCUCGGCCAGAAGGAGUUUCCUCCACAGUUGACCUCUCUUGAGGACAUCUUCACCCACUGGCAAAAAACUCCUUCAAACACCAAGAAACGAAAGACAAGCAACUUGGGGGCAGGCAUUCCAGCAAAGAAGAUCAGGGUGCCUGAUCCGCAGAGCAGCUCUGAAAGUUCGGAAGAGGAAACAAAAGCUGGGAAGGCUGGCGCCCCUGUUGUGACUAACUCCACGGUGCAGGCAGAGAGCCGGGGGGACGAAGGCUCCUCUUCAGAAGAGGAGGCAGCGGCUGGAAAGCAAAUAAAGGAGGUGAGAACUACUGCGGCGGGUAGCAAAGCUGCUAACUCUCUGCAGCAUGCUGCCCAAAACAAAGCCAAUGCCACUUCAGGUAAGCCUGGGGCUGCUGCUGUAGUUCAGACCAGAGCAGGAAAGAGCAAAGGCAUCUCAAAUAAGCUCACGCCUGGUGCUCCAGCUACUUCUUCAGCUCCGGCCCAAGCUGGGCAGAAGAAAGCCAGUGCUGGUAAGCCAGGACCUGCUGCAGCAACUCAGGCCAAAGUUGGGCAAAGCAAAGCAGCAGCUACUGCAAAGGCAGCAGAGAGCUCUGAAAGCAGCGAUUCGUCAGAGAGUGAAGAAGGGGAGAAGAUGCCAGCAGCAAAGCUCCCAACUCCCAAGUCAGCACUGAAGCAAACGGUGGGAAAGGCAGAGAGUAGCUGUGAGGACUCGAGCGAUGAGACUUCCUCUGAAGAGGAAUUAAAAACCCCAGCGCUCCAGACAAAACCAGCUGUGAAAGCAGCGCAGGUCAACGCAACACCAGUGAAAAGCACGCCAGCCACUCCAGCACCCACCAAGAGGACCCCAGGGAAAGUGUCUGACCCAGCUCCAUGGAUGCCAACAGUAGAUACGCCAACCCAGAGCAAACCCGGAGCUGCAAAGAUGACCGCUCCUGCAAAGGCUGCUGGGAGUGCAAAGGCAGAGGACACCUCUGAGAGCAGCGACUCGUCGGACAGUGAUGAUGAGGAAGCCACGUCAGCAGCACAGACCAACUCAUCUGCAAAAGCUCCCCAGGCCACAGCGACACGAGUGAAAAGUACCUCAGCUGCUCCUCCAUCCUCCAAGACAGCUCCAGCAAAAGCCUCGACUCCAGCUCCACGGAAGCAGCCCUCAAAACCAGCUGUGCCCAGCCAGGCCAACGUGGGGCCUGGAACAACCAGAACCGCUGCAAAGGCUGCUGGGAGUGCAAAGCCAGAAGAGAGCUCGGAGAGCAGCGACUCAUCGAGCAGCGAGGAUGAGGCACCCCCAGUGCCGAUAAGCCAGAAGAGAUUACCAACUCCUCAGCCUUCCCCUGGCAUCAAGCCCAGCCUGGUGGGUAAAGCUGGGAGCCCCGGGAAAGCAGCUGGAGGUGCCUUGAAGGGCAAGGACUCUGAGAGCGAGAGCAGCACGUCAUCAGAUAGUGAGGAGGACGAGGCAGCACAGAAACCGCCUUCUAACGCUGCAAUGAAGACCGCUGCUGCAGGACAGCUGACUAGCGUCAAGAAGGCCCAGGCCCUUCCAGCAUCUCUUCCAAAAGCACCAGGGGCAGCAGAUAGCAGCGAGGAGUCCAGUGAGGAGUCAGACUCUGAGGAGGAUCAGGUACCCCCGCAGCAACUGGCCCAGGUGAAACCUAAACCUGCCCCAGCCGCAAAGCCUCUGGGCACAGCCGGGCCCAUGCUGCCCACUGGGAAAGGGGCCAACAGAGUGGCCAGCAGCCCUGUGAAGCCAGCUGCUGCCGCAGUUGGCCAAGCGCCCGAGAGCUCGAGCUCCGAUUCCUCGGACAGCGAGGAGGAAGAGAAGCCGGUAAGCCAGCCCCUUCCUCCUUCCUGCCUGAAGCAUGGGGCUGCCUCAGGUAAAGCUGCUGCCCUCGCAGGGAAGGGUGCGCAAGCAAAUGCCCCUGCAUUGCUGAGCCCUUCUGCCAAGGGCAAAGGUCCCGUCGCAGCCGCAGGAAAAGCAGGACUUCACGCUGCAGGCAGGGCCACCCAGAGCCAGGCGGUGCCCCCCGCACCCAGCAAAGGCCGGGAGAGCCCGGACAGCAGCAGUUCCUCCGACAGCGAGGAGGAGGAGGACAAGGCCAAGCAGCCCCUGAAGCCUGCAGAGGCGCCCCAGAAGCAGGGAGCGACGAAGGAGGCCGACAGCACCUCCUCGGAGUCCAGCGAGGAAGAAGAGCAGCCUUCGCAGUCCCUUCUCACAGGUUAUCUAGGCCUUCCUAAGGCUCCAGCAGCACCCCAAGGGCAAAAACCUGCUUCCCUGACCUCCCGCAAACCGGGGUGUGGAAAAGCAGCCGCCGUUGCCAGCACCCUCGCCAAACCUGGGAAAGCAGGCCUGCCUGACGCCACGGAGAGUGACAUCAGUGACUCCGACACGGAUGCUGAGGGGACGGCAGCCAAACAGAAGGCAGAGAGCAAGUCGUCCUCUUCUGGGGCCGAAGGGGUCGCCGCAAAAGAGACGGCGGCAGGGAAAGCGGGAGAAGGAGGCGCCAGCUACAAAGCUUCGCGGGCAAAGAAAGCCCUGUUGGUGACUCAGAAUGCUGGCGGUCCGGCGGGCGUUCCGGGGACGCCGUCCCCGUAUGCUCUACUGUCCAUCGCUCAGUCGGAGAGGGAGAGCUCGAUGAGCGACAGCGAAGACGGGGUUACCACUGCUGCCAAGGCUCCGGGAGGGCCAGCGCCGGGGGAGCUGGAGGGAGGGAAGAAGAAGCAGAAGAAAGUGAAGAAAACCCCUGCGGCCUCAGCCAAGGCUUUGAAAGCAGCGAAAGCACCAAAACAUGGGGACAAAGAGAACAAGAAGCAGAAAUCUUCUGUGAAAAGGAAGCUGGCAGCAGGGGACAGCGACCCCGCGGAGCCCAAGCCAAAGAAGCUGAAAAGCAGCCUCGAGACUCCCAAAAAGAAGAAAAGCAAAGGGGAGAGACCAGCCGGCAGCAAGGAGAAGAAGAAGAAAGCCAGUAAAAAAAAGAAGGCCGCGAAAGACAAGAAGAAGAAGAAAAGCAAGAAGGCCACAUCUGGAGGGGAGGCGAGCACGGACGGGUCUGCUUCCACCCACAAAAAAAAGAAAAAAAAGAAGAAAGAUGCUGAGCUCGAGGGAUCCUUGUGAGAAGAGCACUCCCUUGGACGGCCGACAAUGAAUGAAUGACGAAGGGGUGGAAGAAAGCUCAUCAGAAGGCGGAUGAAAACGCUCUUCGAUUAUUUUUUUUAAAGAAAAAGAUAAUACUUAAACUUCUAAAUCUUAAUUUAUAACUUCUUCUUUUAACUGUGACUUUUAGAGCCAAGCAUUGUACUUUGCUGCCUCAUCCACCACCUGGCUGGGAAUGGACUUAAGUAUAUAGUGCUCUCCCGGAACCCCCCCACCCCCCCAGCCGUUGCACUGUAACCAAACGGAGCAGCCCCUUGGACAGAGGGAGUAAGAAGCCGGCUCCUACAGUGUGACAUGUCCCCUCUUAGAAGUGAUGUGCAGCAAUGUCUCUCCAGAGCUAUAUUUUUUAAGAGAAACUUCCAAUCUUUCUGUGAGCACGGGGUCUGUCUUUUUGCUACCUACCUAACAGCUCUUGGGUUCACUUUAUAAUAUAACUUUAAAACCAGGUUCUCUGGGUAUUACCUCCUCGGUCCCGUCAGAGGCUGUAUUCAAGCAGCAGCGUGCACAAGGCACGGUUGGUCUAGGCUGCGUUCUUGGGGUUUUGUUUUUUGGAACACAGAAAUAAAAUUGAUUUUGAUUGGAA